UGCUUUUAAAUUUGACUUAGACGUGUGUAGACCGUCGUAAGAACACCAUGUUUGGGUUAAUAUUCCUGACUCUGGCAAUAAGCUUAUACAUUUAUAUGCGUCUAUCCCGCGGUAUCACCAGAAGUGCGUCAUGUCUUGUAGGCAAAACUGCCAUCGUUACGGGCGCUAAUUCUGGGAUUGGUUAUCAAACUGUUCUGAAUUUGGCUUCAAGAGGGUGCAGGGUGAUUAUGGCUGACGUAGCUGACAUGACACAGUCAAAAGAAAAAAUCAUCGAGUACACCAACAACCCCAACAUCGUGACUAAAUUCGUGGAUCUGGCGUCUCUACAAUCAGUCAGAGAUUUUGCUUCUGACAUUGUAAAAAGCGAGGAAAAAUUGGACAUUUUGAUUAACAACGCUGGAAUUAGUAUAUCCAAAGAAAACAGGACCAAAGAUGGCCUUCACCCAGUCAUGCAAAUCAACUAUUUCGGACCUUUUCUGCUAACCCAUUUGCUUUUAGAUUUGUUGAAGAAAUCAGCUCCAAGUAGAAUAGUUAGCACGAGCUCUUCGUUCGCUUUUUUGAAUACUUUGUCUGUGAAGAAUUUAAAUUUCAAUGACAAACGUGGUCUAUUUAUUGAAAGAUUUCAUAGUUACGCAAAUUCAAAACUCGCUCUAAUAAUAGCUUCUGAUAUUUUGGCCGAGAAAUUAAAAGGAACCGGUGUUACAUGUAACACGAUUCAUCCAGGUUUCGUUGCUACUCCCAUCAUGCCAAAACUCUAUUCUCUUACAGAAAAUAUAUUUUUGAACAGCAUUACGCGGUUGUACUGGAUAUUUUACGCGAAAAAUCCAUGGGAAGGUUCGCAAACUUUAGUGCACGUUGCUGUUUCGAAAAAGCUCGAAAAAGUGACUGGGAAGUAUUUUUGGGACUGUAAGCCUUUUUUUAAACCGCCAGCAGCCAAUAAUAAACAAUUUUGUAAGGAGAUUUGGAAGGCCACGGAGGAGCUUGUUAAUUUGAAGCCCGAAGAAAAACUUUAGUGGUGUUAUUCUUAUCAUGUAACUGUAUUUGUUUAUUUUGUUGAUAAGACUAUUAGUCACAAAUAUAAAUACAUUUUUUUAUUUCUGUGAUUAAAAAAUCGAGG